AAUGAAUUCGAAUUGCAUAAAAUCGCUUUAGUAAAUGAUGUCUUCUCAGGAGAGAGUAAAGAAGAGAAUAAACGAAAAAAGAAAAAAAAAGAACUGCUUAUAGUCUUCGAUUCACAUGUAGAUUCAAUUAUUGAAACUGCUGCCAACACCUUAAUCAAGCAAGCUUAUUCCAUUAAUUAUUUAGAUGAUUCCGACAUUAGCAGUAAUGAGUGGUUUCAAAAUAAUGUUGAUGCUCGAGAAUCUGCCAAAACAGUAACUCCACUUUCUUUUGAAAAGCAGAUAAUUUCUCAUGAAAACCAGUGUGAUUUUUCAACAUUAACAUCAUAUCUAACAGAAGAAUAUAUCUUACCUGCUCGAUCCACAUUUCAUCUAUCUGAUGUAAAAGAUCUUCAUCUAUUAGAAGACAAAUUUGAUCUUAUUCUUUUGGAUCCACCAUGGAGAAACAAAUCUGUUAAUAGAAAGAAAGGGUAUUAUACAAUGUAUUUGGAUUCAUUAUUAGACCUACCAAUUAAAAAAUUAUGCAAUCCCGGUUGUCUAAUCAUUGUCUGGGUUACUAACAAAAAGAAACAAAUCUCCUUUGUUGAGAAAGAGUUAUUUCAGAAAUGGAAUGUUACAUCAUCUGUCAUCUGGCAUUGGGUUAAAGUAACUAAAAAAGGACACUAUGUUUUCCCAAUUGAUUCUCAGCAAAAGAAACCUUAUGAAAAUCUACUACUUGGAUAUGUUAGUUCAGGAGAAGAAAAAGAUAAAGCUCAUUCAAAAAACUUAGAAGCUCACAAAACUAUUGUUAGUGUGCCCAGUAGCAUACAUUCUCAUAAGCCACCUUUAACUGAAAUUCUUCAACCUUAUCUCCCGGAAAAUCCUCGCUGCCUUGAAAUAUUUGCUCGUUAUCUCUUGCCUAAAUGGACAAGUAUUGGAAAUGAGGUAAUCAAGUUGCAGAAUACUAAACUAUUUGACAGAAUUCUUGUUGACUGAUUUUGUGUGUGCAUAUUAUUAUGUUUAUUUAACAAAUUGUACAGAGUAAUAAAAACUUUUUAUUCAAACUGUAA